GAUUAGACUUUUUUGAUGAGUGACGAACAAAGGGGAGCGCGGAGGAGGAGAGUGUGUGAUAAGGGAUCUGCCCGCCGCUAAACACCCGCACCCACACACUGAGAGAAAUAGCAAGGGAAAUCAAAAGGACCGAAAUCGCCGGUUUAAGAUCAAAGUGAUCAUCGAAGUGCUUUGAAUUCGCCGUCGGUGACGAAUGCAUUUGCAUCUCCUGGUGGCAGCCGCGACGCCUCCAGCUGAUCAUACGGGUGGUGUGGAAGACGCCGCCACAGAGGCAACUUUCAACAGUGUUGCAAGUAGCGAGGCAGCAAGCACUAAUCCCAGUAGCAUCCCCGCAACAGUCAAUUGGCCGACCAGUGUGGCGCCCGUCAGCAUCGCCGGUCCCGGCCGCCUUGCUCGCAGCAUCAACGGCAGCAGCGGCGGCGGCAGCGGCAGCCAUCACCAUCAUCACCUGCACCAUCACUACGCCCCCUAUCACGCCGCCGCCUACCAUCCGCAUCAUCCGUACUCGUACCACCACCCGCCGCCAGGCACCCCCACCCCCACGGCCACUGCCGCAUCGGUCGCCUCGGCCGUCUCAGCCGGUGACAUCGCCACUGCCGCACAUCCGCCGCCCGCCUCGCAUCCGCCCGCCAUGGUCACCUCGUCGUCCGCCUCGCCCACCGGAAAUGGCUGGACCAGCACCGGGGACUUCAAGGGCCUGACGGCCGUGCCCGCCGUGGUGGCAGCCACGGGCGCCAGUGGAGGCAACUCCGCCGGUGGCACAACCGCCAAAGUGUUGGCCAUUUCCAGUAGCGCCAGUGUUGGCAGCAGUUCGCCAACAGGUGGCGCCAGCAACGGCACCGCCCACAGUGGACACAGCGGUAGUACCACUAGCAAUAGUGGCAACAACAACAACAGCUCCAAUAGCAACAACAACUCGAAUAGCAACAACAACAACAAUGCCCUGCACCAGGAUCUGAAGUGGAUGGAGAGAUUGGUGAUGAAGCGACAGCAGGAGCAUCCAGGAGAAUUGGUGCGCACGAGCAAUCCUUACUUCUUGUGCUCCGCCCUGCCCUCCCAUUGGCGCUCCAAUAAGACGCUGCCGCUCGCCUUCAAGGUCGUCGCUUUGGCGGAAGUGGGCGACGGGACUUAUGUCACGAUCCGGGCCGGGAACGAUGAGAACUGCUGCGCCGAGCUUCGUAAUUGUACCGCCCAGAUGAAGAACGACGUGGCCAAGUUCAACGACCUCAGAUUUGUGGGACGAAGCGGAAGAGGGAAGAGCUUUACGCUGACCAUCACUGUGGCGACCAGUCCGCCGCAGGUGGCAACUUACGCCAAAGCCAUCAAGGUGACCGUCGAUGGACCCCGAGAACCCCGCUCCAAGACAAGUCCUACGGGUGGCCCCCACUACCGUGCGCUGGGCCUGGGCCAGCGUCCCUACAUUGACGGCUUCCCCAAGUCGCUCCACGAGCUGGAGGCACUGCGUCGCACCACCAAAGCUGUAACCACGGCUGCGGCAGCAGCAACGGCGGCCACAGCCGCUACUGCGGUGGCAGCGGUCGCAGCAGCAGUGGCGGUCAGUCCCGCUGGCGGAGGUGGCACAGGAGGUGGGGGCGUGGUCGGGGGAUCGGGAGCAGGUCUGGUGCAACAAUUGAGUAGCAAUUACUCAUCGCCGAAUAGUACAAUCAACUCGGAUUGCCAGGUUUAUAAACCAAAUGCGCCGCAUAUUCAAGAAACUGACUUAAUGGGAGCCGGCGAAUGGACAGGAUCCCCGAGCACAGCGGCGUCCUACUACCAUCCCCACCACCAUCCACACGCCCACCACCCGCACGCUCAUCCGCACGCCCACCUCCACCAGCACCAGAUGGCACUUCCUCCUCCCCCGCCACCUCCGGCGGCCGUUCCUGUCUCCGUUACGGGGAAUGGUGCCACCAUGGGCGUCGGCAUGGGCAUGGGCGUUGGAGUGGGCGUGGGCAUGGGCGUAGGGGCAAUGAAUCCGUACGGCGGCUACGAUGCUACCAACUCUCUGGAGGCCGGGAAUUACGCCGCUCAUCUUCCGGGCGUUCUGCCGGAGAUGCACGGACAUGCCUUCGCCACGGAUCCGUAUCAGACGGCGGGCUAUGCUACCGGAACGGGGGGCGUGACCUCGGGAGGCGGAGGCAAUUCUGUCGGCAAUGCCGGCGGCUCCAAAUCAGAGCUGGACUACGGCGGGGGCUACAAUCAGGCGUGGUCGAACGGCUAUCAGAACUACCAGUACGGCAGUUGCUCCGCCACGGCUCAGUACGGCCCGCAAACGGCGGCCGCGCCACCGCCACCUCCACCGCCCCCCGUGGUGCUGUAUCCGCAGCUCUACUCGACGGUCAAUCAGAAUCAGAUCCACCUGCACCUGCACAGUAGCGAGAAGCUGGAACAGUAUCUGGGCUCGGCCGCCGGCGGGGGGGAGCAGUUGACGAUCAGCUCCCUCACCGGGAGCAGCAGAUCCAGCAUAGAAAUCGGCCAGGAUCCCUACCAGCAUCACCAGCAACAGCAUCAUCAGCAUUCGCAUCAGCACUCGCAGCAGAAUCCGCAGCAGGCGGAGCAACAGGUAGUGGCCGGAGGGGCUGGCGGUGGCGGCGAUGUGGUGGAGUCCCCCCGGGAGGAGGACGUGGGCGAUCUCACUCCGGUGUGGCGACCCUAUUGACCCAAUCGGAUAGCCCGCACUUUACCGCCGCACUACCCACAUCCGCACACACAUCCGCAUACCCAUCCCCA